AUGGCCGAACAACAACUUCCUACAGGCAAAGUUCACGCAGUCAUCGACUACGAAGAUUGCUAUGUACAGCCCUUGAUACUGGCUGCUCUCAAGGCACGCAUGCCCGCCGACGUUUUGGUCUUGACGCAAAGUAUUUCGGACGCACCUGCCUCGGAUGCCAAAUUAUUACAAUGGAAACAGUACGAAUCUUUGGAUCUGGACCAUGUGAUGGAGAAUUCCCAGACCAGCUUGAUGAACUCAUACAUCAUCAGAAAGGCACUCAUCAGAAAGCAUUACCUGUCUACCACUGUAUCUCACUGGUUGACCAAGAACCCCGACUCUUGUUUGCGAAAGAAUGUCAAGCCCAGUGUCGAGUUCGAAUUGGAUUUCGCCGAAUUUCUCGAUGAUGCUCUGGUCGAGGCGUUCGAGCUCAGAGAGAGCUUCGAAGAGAAUGAAGGACUUGAAGACUCGGAGAAGCAGUGGUGGAUCUUGAAGCCUGGAAUGAGCGAUCGUGGACAAGGCAUUCGUCUUUUCAAUUCCGAAGAGGACUUGACUGCGAUCUUCGAGUCUUGGGAGGAAGACAGCGAUGAUGAAGAAGCUGAACACUCAGGAGAUGAAGACGAGCAGAAGGGCGACGACGAAGACGACGAAGGCAAUGGCGUGAUCACAUCUCAACUCCGACACUUCAUCGCACAACCAUACAUCCACCCGCCGUUGCUACUUCCCGCUCCUUUUGCGUCUGCAAACCGCAAGUUCCACAUCCGCACCUACGUCCUCGCAGUAGGGGCCUUGAAGGUAUUUGUGUACAAGCCUAUGCUUGCUCUAUUUGCUGGAAAGACAUACACUGCACCAUGGGAGACUGAAGACCCUAACGAGGAACUUGCAAGUCAUCUUACAAACACCUGUAUGCAGACUGGAGAACGUGAAGGCAGCGUACACGCUUUCUGGUCCUUGCCCGACGAUGUCCCUGGCUUGUCGUCUGACUGGAAGCAAGACACUUUCGACCAGAUCUGCAAGAUCACUGGUGAAGUGUUUGAGGGAGCCGCUAGGGGCAUGAUGGUUCAUUAUCAACCUUUGCCAAACGCUUUCGAACUCUUCGGUGUUGAUUUCAUGCUGGAUGCAGAGGGAACUCCUUACUUGCUCGAGAUCAAUGCUUUCCCUGACUUUGCUCAGACUGGAGAUGAGCUCAACAGCAUAGUACAAGGACUCUUCGAGGAGGUGGUCGAUGUCGCCAUCAAACCGUUCUUCGGCAUCUCGUCAGACGAGAAGCCGCUAUCUGAAAGAGAACGCAUGGCAUUAGCAUUAGAUAUCAACUUGGGUAGGAACUAG